AACAUUUUUUGCUCUACGUAAUUUUCUGCCUCAGAUUUUCAUUUUAUGAAUUUUAAAUGAACAUGCAUAUAUUUGAACCGACUUUGCGGAAAAAAUAUUAGACUUGCGUUUUGUAUCAGUGAAAAGAUUCUUUAAAAAUUAUUGCCUCUUGAAAUGAUAAAUAUCAAUAAUUGGCAUGUAUUUUUGUAUUAAUUAUUUGUAUAGUCUUAUUAACAGUUGAUAAACGAUCAAUAAUGAGAACUUUUUUAAAUUUGCAUUUUAUUUAUUUAAAUCAAAUAUCUCUUUUAUAAGCAAUUUGAUUUGGCAAUGGUAGAGGAGAGUCUACAAAUACAAACAAACCAGAGGAUUCAAGUGAUUUUCUAGAUGUCAAAAUAGUUUUUACCUCCAUGUUUAAGGUAGAUAAAUGAACAAUUUUAUAGCAUGUAAAAAUCAGUUCACACAAAAAACAAAAAUUCCUGUGGUUUCAUUUGAAAGAUUGUAAAAAACGAUUUUUCACUUUUCUCCUUGGGAGAGAUCCGCCAUUUUUAAUGGUAAUAGUGCUGCAGAAAAUGAAAUGUGCCAUGAAAUUAGCAUUAAAUAAUAAAAAAGGAUAAAUCGUUAUUAAAAACUACAGUCAGAUUUUUUUAGCAUGGAUCAAAUAUGUAUUUUUAAUUCACGAAGUCAUCAAUUUGUAUUUACAGGGAUCAUCUCUUUCCCGCCAUGUUGACUAACAGUGCUAUUGUUUUUAUUAUGAAAAUCAACAGUGUACAAUGUAAACAAUGCAAAAGAAUUUUGACAAAGCGUUAGAAAAUAAAAUUGUGUUUAUUUAAAACAAAAUAUGCAAGUUUCAAUAAUUUAUUUAAUAUAUAAAACAAUGUUUAAAUGACAAGCAGUAGUCAAUGUACUCUAUAACGGCAUGUUUAGAUUUAAAAAGCGUGUUAUUGAAAACGUAUUUUCUAAUGUAGCGAAGUUGCAUAAGCAAAUGCUUGGGAAUGUUUGAAGAUGGCACAGAGCCUUUUGACGCAACGAGGUGUGGAGUAUGGCUCUACAAUGCGAUCGCUUCAAGCGGUUGGAGCCAAGAAACAUCCACCUAAGAAGUGGCGCUCCCGUAACCAGAGUUGCAGUGAAUCAAGUAGUGCAACUAGCGAUAGCUGUAGCAGCAGUGACAGUGAUGGAGAAGGAAGCUCAAGUAGAAGUUCUGCUACAGCAGAACGAGAAUUUUCCAUUGUGAAAGAAAGCAAUUUUGCCAAUGCUCCACUGAAAUUGAAAAUUGCUGCAAGAAGAAUAAAGAAGGCACAAGAGGUUGGAAAUGAAAAUUUAGACCAAGAAGAUUAUUCUGAAUUUCCGCCAGCUGGAAGUGACUCAGCACAUAAUGACAUCAAGUGCAAAAAUGUUGGUACUGUAGCAAAAUGCACCAGGGAACCUCGAGAAAGGACUCAGCGAUGCAAAAGAAAAGUUGAGAAAAAAAGAUGUCUUCAAACAAAAGAUUCCCGAAUGUCCUGUGGCGGUCAAUAUUCAACAUGCAAAGCAGCAAGAAAAACACGUCGUUGCAGCACUAGUGGUAGCUCAAGUUCUUCUAGUUCAAGUGGCAGCUCCAGUGGAUCUUCUGGGAGUAGUAGUAGUGGAAGCAGUAGUGGUAGUAGCACUGGUUGUAGUAGUAACAGCAGCAGCGGCAGCAGUUCUAGUGGAUCAAGCAGUACUUCAGGUAGUUCUAGUAGUAGCAGUAGCUCUAGUAGAAGUUCAUCAGGCUCUGAAAGUGAAAGCUGUUGUAGUGCUUCAAAUUAUACACGCUGUCGAAGAAGAAAAAGUCGAAGGAGAAAAGCAUCUACUAAGUGCCAAGCAACUUGCACUCUACAAUGUAAGAAAUUGCAGAAUGUAUCUGAAUCCUCUUUAUCUAACAGUCAAUCUGCAGGACUCAGCGAAAAGCCAGGAUUUGGUAAGGGUGGAAAGCGAAUACCCAAUGACUGUGCUCGAAAUAAAAAGCUGCAAGUCAGUGACAUUGACUAUUUUACUAUCUCAUCAUCAGAUGAAAACUGUUCGACAGGAGAUAAAAAUGCUAGCAUUCAAGAAUGCUUCAGUAUGUGGAGAAAAGUUGAAGAAAAGCAUUGUGCCAUUAUUGAAGACUCUCCUGGAAAUGGAGAUUUACAGAUGCAAGUAUUGAGUGUUACAAAUGCAGAAGUAGAAUGCAACAUCAAUGUAUCUAGCAAUAUCGGACUUCUUAAUUCUGGCGGUGAAAAACAUUUUCUUGUAAAUAAUAAAUGUGAAAAUCAAAAUACCACGGAAUGUAAUUUUAACUUUCAUUCUUUGGAACAAUUGCCAUCUAUUAUUAAAGGCCAUGUAACUGUUUCCACUACUAGUCUUGACUUAGAUGCUUUACCUGUUUCUUUGUCUAAUGUGUCCCCCGACAGUGGUAUACAGUCAUCUGGCGAUUCUCCUCUACGUGUGGAUUGUGAAAUAACAGCAUGUAGGGAUGGUAAUCAGUCACUUGUUAGCCUUGUUGAUGAUUAUUUUGAUAGAAGAGACUCAUCUGAAUUGACUAACAAGCUGAAUGAUAAGCAGGAAAAACCUGUUUCUCCUGCACAUUCUCCUCCUGUUUUGAUACCUCACGAUCCACUGUGGACACCUAGAAUUGCAGAUCCACCAUCCAUUGUUGAAAUUCAAAAAUCUGAUGAGGAUUGUGCUCCAUUUUUAGUUCAAGAGGGUAUUGAGGUGAAGCUUAAAGGAGUCUCAGAAAUGAAAGUCGAAACAAUGUACACUGAUUAUAAGGAAGUUGAAUUUACUACAGUGAAAGAAUUCUUACGUGAAGAGUUGAUAGAGCAGAGUUGUACUGAUAAAAGCAAAGCAAAUUCUUUGAUGACAAGUAAUAGUAAAAAUUUUUCGUCUGAAACCAAAUCAAAUGUUCAUGCUUUUUCUCAAAAUCCUCUUCACCUAAUGUUCAAUGACCAGUCUGUUGAGAUUGAAAAAUCUGAAACGCCUGUUUUCUCAGAUCAGUCAUCUCCUCAGCUCUUACCAUCCACUGAAAUAAGAAGACCCAAAGCAAGGACUCCUCGAAGAAUAGCUGAAGCAAAUUUAAAAACCGACAAUGAAUUGCUGUCAUUAGUUCAAAGCGUUCAAGACUCUAUAAGUUCGCAGUUUCAAAGUGUAGAAUCUGAUGAACUUAGUGAUGUUGACAUGAGUAGCAUAUCUGUUACUGCAUUGACUUGUGACACUACCAGUGAUAGUUUCUGUGAUAAGCUCUCUAAUGAGGAAAACAUCGACAUACUUCUCAAUGACAGGACUUGUAUAAGAGAAAAUGAAAAUGAUUCAAAACCUUUUUGUUCAUCGACAAAUGUUGCUAAUUGUGAUGUGAGUUGUACCACAAAUAUGGAAAAUUCAAAUAACUUAUCUAAUAUUUCAAAUGAAGAAUAUUCUGAAAAAAGUUCAGCACUUUCAUGCGAUUCUAGCAGAAUUUCAUCUGAAGAGAAGAAGCUAACUUCAAAUGAACUUCCAAGCACUUGUGAAAGUGUUUCAGAAGGUAUUGAUAAACUCUCUUUGAAUAGUUCAACUGAUCUUAAUGAUUGCUAUUCUCUCAAUUUAAAUCAGGAUAUUAAACCCCUAUGUUCUGAUGAAUCUGAGAUUCCUCUAUUGAACGUUUCUUCCUCUGGUGCUUCUAAUCAUAAAAAAGAUUCUGAAAAUAACAACAUUAAUCUUUUAUGUAAUGAGGUCCCCGAAAUUGUUCCCGAAAAUACUUCAAAUGCUAGUAAACAUACCGAGAAGGAAAUUCUUGAUCAACCACCAGAGGUAAAUGUUGAAACCCCUGCAAAUUUGCAAUCGAAUAUUAAAGUACCUGAAAAGAAAGGAAGGGGCAGACCGAGAAAGCAUCCAAAAGGUACAGAAAUAAUUAAACCUGAUGAAAAAAUCGACUUAUCUUUAGAUAACUCUAGUGCUAUUCCUUUAACAAAUCAAAUUACAAGUGGCAAAGAAAAAAGAAAAUCCACAAAGCCUGUUAUUAAUUCUCUUGUUGAAACUAAAAAUGUAAACCCUGAUUUGGAUAGUGAAAUAAAAAGUUCUAAAAAUAAAUCCAAUCCGUCUAAGAUAGAAAGUAAUAAAAUAUCAACUAAUUUAGAUAGAAAAAUGGACUCUUCAGUGAAAAAUAGUAAAGGACGAAAUAGAGAUAAAAGUUUAGAUUCAAACCGGCCAUUGGUGGAGAAUGAUGUUCUCAGUAGGAAAAUUUCAAAAUGUCCCCAUUCUAGGAGCUUAACUGUUGAUGACAUUUGUGAAAAUAAUGCUGAAUUGGAAAGAUUAAUAAAUACUCCCGUCAUUAUUACUGAUGAUAAUGACGCUACAAAUUCAGAAAAGAAUUCUUCCCCUAAGUUUUCGAAAUACAUUAAUCCACUACUGAAUAAUUCAGAGCAAAACAAACCUCAGGAAUCUCAUAAUAAGCCAGAAAUUAAUAAUACUGGAAAUGAAUCUAAAAGAAAGAAAAGCUUUGCUGGUCGAAGAAAAAGCUCUCAUUAUGGACUCAAUUCUAUUAGUGAUCAGACUGAUUUAAAACCUGAAAGUUUAACUUCGUCUAGUAAAGAAGAAAUAUCUGAAGAAAAAUCUCAUGAAGCAGUAUUUCCACCAGUUCAUACAAUAGAUGCUGUUCCUGAGACUGAAAUAAAACCAUCACCCGUAGAUAAGAAUUCUCUAGUUGAAAAAUCUAAAAUUAAAGAGUCUUUCAAAGGUUCGCAAUCAUCUAAUACUGUAAUAAACCAAGCAGAAGAAAAAAUUAUUACUAUAGAUCCACAGUUAAGCAAUAAAAAUGAUCCAGAAAAAGUACCAGAGCAGGACGUUGCUUUAGACUUAGUUGAUAAUAUAUCCGAUUUCAGUAAUGUUGAAAAAUUUGUUUCCCUUACACCUUUUCAUAAACCCAAAAGUAAUAGAGGGAGAAAAAGUAAGAAAAAGAACUCAUGUAUUAUAAGUCCUUCUUCGCUUGAAUCGAUAACUCAGCUAGCAGAAACUAACUUUGAGGUAGUAAAUUCGGUUGAAACAAAUCUUAUAAAUAGUGUUUUACCUGAUGGUGAAGCAAAGGAUUUUCCACCAAAUCAAAGUAUUAUCAAUUUGAAAGGAAAUAGCUCAAUGCCAAAUGAAAGAAAUUGGAAAAGUAGGCUUAAAAAAUGCAGUAAGUCGAUUGCAACAUCUCAUGAAGGGUUAACAAAAGAAGAUACCAACUUGAGAACCAUGCCAGAAAAAUCAGAUUGUGAUAGUGAAAAUACAAAACCUAUUCGAAGCAAACGGAUCAGAGAAUGUGUAUCGAAGAAGAAAAAUUUUGAUAAUCUGGAUGCUGUUAUUGAUGAAGUUGCUCAAUCUGGUAAAAUUGAUAAACAACUUGAAAAAGUUAGUGAAAAGAUACAAAAACUUGAAUUGCAUCAUGCACAAUCAGAAUUUCACCCUAAGAUACUUUCAAAGAAGAAAGUAAAAAAUUCUACUGACGAUUUAUCUAAACAAAGAAAAUUGUCUGAUCUCUGUCCAGAUAAAAAUCCUGUGUUUGAAUCUAAAGAAAAAAAGUUUGUAUCUGAACAAAAGAUAUCACAGCUUGUUUCAGAGAAAACUUUAAAAACAAUUGGUACUUCUUCUGAAGAUAGUGAUUUGAAAUAUCUUAGUAAUAAAAAUGGUGCUGAAGAUGCUAAUGGCCUUUCUUUUAUAAACGCUAAACCAUCUGAGAGACAAAAGAAGCGAAAAUCACAACCAAUUUCUUCACCUGAAUUAUUAAGUCAGAAUUCUCCAGGGAAAAAUAACUCGAAGAUUUCUGCUAAAAAAACUGAGAAACAAAAACCCUCAGAUGUAAUUGAUAAAAGUAAUUCUGAUCUUGAAUUUUCCCCUUCUACAUCCCCAGAAAAAGUAAAUUCUGAUGAACCAAGUAUUUCUGGAACUUCAGAAACGAUUGUGUUUUCUGAUGAAAAACAAAUUCGUAAGAAAAUAUUAUCAAAACAAAAACCUCUUUCUCGUAGGAUUUCUACUAGCAAUUCAGAUUCAAAAGGUAUUUCAAAGAUACGAAAUAGCAAAACAAAACCGUCUCUUUGUAAAGCUGCUACUGUUUCUAAAUCCAAACGCCGUAAAGUUAGUGAUAAAGAGUUGCCAAAUGAAAAACCAAAAAGUGAUGUUCAAUUAAAUAAAUCAAAAGUCUCCAUUUCUGAUAAAGGCACUAAUCUUAUUUCUAAAGAUGUUUCUAAUGUUGACCAAAUUACUGAUAUAAGUCAAUCAUCUUCAAAAGUAAAUAAAAAGGAUUCCAAGAAAUCAAAAGUGGAUGAUGAAAAAGAAAAUUUAGAUGUUAGAAAAAUAGAUAAGUUUUCUUUAAAUAAAACAAAAUCCAAACUUAGUAAAGAAUUAAAAAGUGCUAAAGUUUCUGAAGAUGCUAAGAAAAUUCCUCAUCAACAACUUAAUGUUUGUAAAGAAAUUGAUUUCCACGAGAAGGAGGAUAAUUUUUCUUCUUUGUCUUUGAAGGAGGACUAUAAUACCUCAGCAAACUUCACUGCUAAUACCAGAACUUAUACUAUAGAUAAACAAUCAGCACUUGAAAUGAAACCUAUUAAGAAAAAGAGGUCUGCUAAAUUGUACUAUACUGAGGAUCCAAAUUUUAGUAUUGAGUUAGAAAAAUUGGCUGGGUUAUUGGACUCUUGUUAUAUAUCAAAAAAACGUGUGAAACUAAUGGAUGAAACAUUAAAUAUGACUAUACCAUCUAUAUUUCACUUGAAUUUCUGUUUGGGCAAAGAAAAAGCAACACGGCUUUCUCAGUCGAAUAAAAUUUCAAAAGAUAAACCUAAAAUUACUAGAAAGAAACCUAAGAGACUUGGCAAAGCAAAGACUGUAGUGAAGGGUGUUGCAACUCUCAAACCAAAAGAUGUAGUUAGUGAAAACUGUCUUCCUCUGAAAAAACGUCGUCAUAUAACAUCUGCUCAAGUCCUUAAUUCUAAAAUAGCAACCAAUGAUACUGUUGUACCUAAAACUACGAGUGUCAAAAGGAAUUUCACUUUAAAUACUUCAUUUGAUGAGACGAUAGAGGAAUGUAUUAGAAAACAUAUGAUGACUGAUGAGAAAAAACCUGCCCCAGUUGUCCAAGUAGUGAAAGCUAAACCAAAAGUGUCAAAAUCAAGAGAUUCAAUUGAUGAUGCAAUUGAUAGUUGUAUAAAAAAUAAUUUGCUACCUACCAAAGCAGUUUCUGAACCAAUUGCUAAGGAAUCGCUAAAGAAAGAUGAAACAGAAGAUGUGCCAUUAGCAUCUUUAAUGAAUAAAAAAAGGAAAAAAGUUCCUGAAAUUGUCACUAAGCCUAAAAUUGUAGAAACAGCAUUAGCAUACAGGCAAAAGCGAAAGCGCUUGAUUAAAGAAGCUUGUGCUCAAUCUGUGAAAUCGCAAAAAGAGAAUAAUGUUGCUGAAAAUGUUCUUAGUGCUCAGAAAAAAAGGAGAAGAUUUCGAAAUAAAACUGGUUUUGUGCGAGUCAAGAAGAAAAAAGCUCGUGCGCCGCUGAACACAGAAAUAAUUGAAACAAGGGAAGUGACUCUAGAUGGAGAAAUUAUUGAUUUAACAGCUGAAGAUAAUAUGUUGGAUUCUAUUGAAAGUGUUGUUAAAGCAUCUGUAGAAUCUCAAGAACCAAGAUCUCGCAGGAAAAGGAAAAAUGUUGCUCAGAAAUGUGAAAUCGAAGUGUUGGAUUUAACAAGUGGUAAUGAUGAUGAUAUCGAAUGUCUUGAAGCAAAAAGACAAAAAGUAAAUGAAGAAGAGGAACUUUUAGAGCCCAAAUAUCAACAAAUCAUUCAAGUUACAGAACCAUCAUCAGGUAGAAGGCUAGCUCCAGCUGAUCCUCGAAAAGUGCGCAAGAAAGAAAUAUCUUUACCAAAGAAGAAAUUUUUAAGAGCUGGUCUAUACUCACCAUUUUUCAAACAAGAUUGCCCUGCUCCUAAGAAAAGUAGCAGCAGUAAAAAAUCUAGAUCCAGAGAAAUAAAGGAAUAUAUUCCUGAGGAUCAUGAAUUUGGAUUGAUGCCUCCACCUAUUCAUGUUGGAAAAUAUUUAAGAGAAAAACGUUCUGAAUUCAAAUUACCAUAUGACAUAUGGUUGCUUUACAAAAAUAAACAACUGGUCUAUAAUGAUGAGUUAACAAAUAACUAUCGUAAAAUUAGAACAAAUGUGUAUGUUGAUAUUAAACCUGUUGAUUCGAAAAAUGAUGAUCAAUCUUGUAACUGUAUGCCACCUAAAGAUCAUCGAAAAAGAGGCUGUGGAACUGAUUGUUUGAAUAGAAUGAUGUACGUGGAGUGCACUCCAAAUAUGUGUCCUUGCAGAGAUCAAUGUUCUAAUCAACGAAUAUUUAAACAUGAAUGGAGUCCAGGUUUGGAACGCUUUAUGACAAAAAAUAGAGGUUGGGGCAUACGCACUACAGAGUAUAUUCGUUCAGGAGAAUUCAUUUUAGAAUACGUAGGAGAGGUUGUCAGUGACACUGAAUUUCGUCAUCGAAUGGCUGAACGUUACAGAAAUGAUCAGCAUCACUAUUGCUUAAGUUUGGACUCGGGGACAGUAAUUGAUGGUUACCGAUUAGCUGGAGAAGGACGAUUUGUAAAUCAUUCUUGUGAACCUAAUUGUGAAAUGCAAAAAUGGUUUGUCAAUGGUCAUUAUAGGGUUGGACUUUUUUCAUUACGAGACAUUGUGCCAUACACUGAGCUUUGUUAUGAUUAUAAUUUUGAUAAUUAUAAUUUGGAAACUCAGCAAAUAUGCAGGUGUGGAAGUUUAAAAUGCAGAGGUUUUAUUGGUGGUCGUUCUCAAAAAUUAAAUGGCCAGAAUAAGGAAAGAGUUAGACCUGCAAAAACUUCAAAAGCUAUUGUGGACUCUAAAAAAGGUCCUGGCCGACCUAAGAAAAGAAAAGAUGAGAGACCAGUUGAAAUCCAAAAGGAGCAUAUUAAAAAUGAAUACCUACCCUAUAACCGUCAGUCUUUUACAAUACAAAUAAAACCCAUGUCUCAUCAGCAAAGAUGCUAUGUGCAGAAACAUCAUUGCUUUUUGCUGAGGAAUUAUGAAAAAGUGAAAAAAGCAAAAGAUGAAGCUCGUAUAAUUGCAGAGAAAGAAGCAGAAAGGGAGAAUGCUGUCAAUAAACAAGAUGCCUUCUUGACACAAUUCACAGCAUUGAAUACAUCUAGAUCUAUUAAAACAAGAAGGCUUGCUACUGUCGAGGAAAAUCCUGAACUUACUCAAACUGCCAAACUAGCCCAAGUUUUUAAAGAUAUAUUUACUGCUGUAACAUCUUGCAAAGGGGAAGAUGGUGUAGCUUUAGCUAAUCCCUUUUUCCAGUUACCAUCAAAGAAAAAAAAUUCUGCUUAUUACAACAAAAUAAAAUUCCCAAUCGAUUUUGCUAUGAUCGAGAAGAAUAUUCUAACCGGCCAUUAUACAAAUGUUGAAACAUUUGAAGAUGACUUUUUGAGAUUGUUUGAAAAUGCUGAAGAGUUUUAUGGUAGAACUUCUGAUUUUGGGCACAAGAUUUCUUUGUUGCGUAAAGCUUAUGAAGCAGCUAAAACGGAUGCAAUGAUAAUGUUUGAAGAUAUCCUCGGCGAAGCUAUGUCAUCAGUUUUUACGUCAUCCAAACCUGAUGAUGCUAAAACUGAUGAAGAUGAUGAAGUUAUACGCUGUAUUUGUAACAUCUAUAAAGAUGAAGGACUUAUGAUUCAAUGUGAAAAAUGUUUGGUCUGGCAACACUGUGAUUGUGUUGGUGUUGAUGGAAAAGUUGAAAAGUAUUUAUGUGAGCAAUGCAGUGGAAUUGAAUUAUCAAAGGAAAUACUGAUGAUUCCUCGACCUCACUAUGCAACUCCUGAGUGCCAGUAUUAUUUAACACUUCUGCUCAAUGACCUUCAAAUAAAGCAAGGAGAUUGUGUUUACUUGAAAUCAGAUGGAGAAAACUCUUCUCAUUUAUCAAAUGAAAGUGUUCAAAACCAGAUUCUUUCCCAAGGUGAAAGUGGUGAUGUACAGGCUAGAAACAGUUUAAGGAGUAAGAAAGCCGAACAGUUUGAUAUCUUUCGCAUUGAACGGCUUUGGAAAGAUGAAAAGAAUAAUAAGUUUGCCUUUGGUCACCAUUACUUACGUCCACAUGAAACGUAUCAUGAGCCAUCAAGAAAGUUUUUUCCCAAUGAAGUUUUCAGAGUACCACUUUACGAAAGUAUUCCUUUGGAUUCGAUUGUUGGUCUUUGCUCUGUUCUUGAUUUACCUACAUACUGUAAAGGGCGACCGAAAGGAUUCAAAGAAGAUGAUAUUUACAUUUGUGAAUAUCGUGUUGAUAAAACAGCUCAUCUUUUCCAUAAGAUAUCGAAAAUAAAGUAUCCAAUCUGUACCAAAAAAUAUGCAUUUGAUUACUUUGAUAAAAAGCGAAAUCCUAAAAGGACAUUUUUGCCUCAUGCUGUGCCUAAUAACUACCAGAAAAAAGGCUCUUCUGAUCGGGGAUCAGUAGCCGAUAAAAAGUGUUCAAAACCUGAAGCUCAAAAAGAAGAAAAAAGAAAAAGGGGAUCACAUAAAGAGAUAGAAAUGAGGCUAGAGGAAAGUCCUGAAAGCAGAGAAAAUAAACGGACUCAUUUAAACAAAUUGCUGCUGCAACUUCUCAAUCUUAUGCCUUGCAAAGAAACUGUUGAUUUGUCCUACCUUCUAGAAGGUGGAUUAGGCAAGAGAAUAAGGAGGAAAACUAAUCUCUCCCUCAGCUGAGUUUAGUGGUUCGCCUGUAGGCGAACGUUCAGAUUUCUCUCCGUGUCCUAAUUUGGUCAAGAACUGCUGCCCUAGUAUGCUUUUGGACAACUAUCAAGGAUGUAAACACUCUUAUAGAAUAUUCAAAGGGCAGCUGCAUCGCGCUGAUCUGACAGUUAUCGUGAUAUGUACAGCUGUAUGGUGAUUAUCAAACCACAUAAAAAAAAAGUAAAUGUUUUUAAUUGUCGUACAACCACAUUGUAUCUAUAGCUCAUUGUGCAGAACCUUGUAUGACAAAUAUUCAUUUGGUGUGGAUUUGACUUCAUGAUUGUAAAAUUUCUAAACUGUAUCCACAGUAACAUUUCAUGCCAGUAAAUACUUCUAAGUAUGCCAAAGAUGUGUAAAGCCAUUAGUACAUUCAUUAAUAUUAUAAUUUAGUUAAGUUAUCUAAAUUUAAAGAAAAACUUUGCUUUGUAUUUUUAAAGAACAAUUUGUUGUCUUUGUUAUUUUAUUUUUUAAUGAUUAGUUUUUAUAAUGUUCCAUAUUAAUAAAUAGUUUGUUAAGACCCUGUAUUUAAACACUGCUUAAUAAAUUAAUGCAUUAUAACAACGUUACCACUCUUCAAAUAAAUUUUUCUGAAAAUA